AAACAAACAAAUUUUCAAAGCGACAACAGUACUGAAACAAUUUGAAAAAUACGAAAAAUCUCAGUCCAAUUAUAAUUUGAUAAGCAAAUGUUGUACGUAAUUGAUAGACUUUAAGGAGAGUACAGCACACGCACGCACACACACAAACACACAGAGAGACGUAUAGACGCGAUGCCUUGCACAGUCUCCAACUUUGAAUCGGGCUCGAAUCGCUAUCGGCCCAAUGUGCGCAUUGGCAAUUGGUUCGAGGACAUUUGCCUGGAGGAGGACAAAAUUGUCAGCUUCAGGAAGAUGCGCGAUCGCGGCGAGCUGCUGGUUGAGAAGGCGCGCACGCUCUUCGAUAACUUCCAGAAGGAGGUGCAGCUGGCGGCACCCAAGCACGAUAUUACCAUCGGCGCCACAAUCCAGCUGAUGCCUAUCUAUAUGAACAUACUUGAUAUGGACACAUCAGAGCUGCAUCCGGCCCUUUCGGUGGUCAUCAACGAGCACGCAAUACGCACCAGUCAAACCAUUAACGAGGAUUGCGAGCUCACUGUGGCGCCAUCGGAGCGGCCCUGUGUGCGCAACUCCUUUCGCAUUGUCAGCGGGGAUGACCACGAUCGCACCGGGGAGAAGCUCAAGUAUGGCCAGCGCUUUCGGCUGGAGUGCGUCGAGUCACCCGGUGAUCCCAUACUGUUAUACAGCGCACCCAAACUGAACAAUCUUUCACAGGCCAUCAACACGACCUUUAAUUCGCGCAAGUACGGGGAAAUCAAUUUGCCGCUAGGCCUGGUGCAUCGCAGUAAAAUCAUGUGCCACGAUGGAGACAUACCCUCGGCCUUUACCAACUGGUUUUGCAUGCAUGUCGAUCCACACAAACGCUUCGAAAGCGAGGGCGAGACCUUGCCCAGCAACUCGCCUUUGGUAAUUGUUCAUGCGGCCACGAAUCGCAACCUGGCCGCUGAGAAUGUUGUUACACAAACCCUUUUCGGUCCAGAGUUUUUGGUUUCCGUUCAAAACUAUCGCAACGUCUACAAGCGUGAAAUCUGGAAGAAUGUUUGGAUGAUCAGCAAUGGCCAUCACACUCACGCUGCCGUUUAAAACCCCGAAGCAAACACAUAAAUUAUCCGUACUCGGGUGACGAGUAAAAAGUCGUUAAAGCCGACACACUUUUGCCUUAACCAAUAAACACAGAAGGCCAUGGCAA